UUAUAACAAAAAUUCAACUUUGUAAAAGAAUAUGUAUUAGUAAAAUAAUCUGUUCAAUACUUACGUUUUAUUUAAAUUUUAAAGAUUUCUUCUAACGAAAAAAGAGGACUUUGAAAUAUGGCGGUUCUUAUAACGAUGGCGCGGUAAAUUUGGCAACGUCGCACCCGUUCGUGCACUGCACUCGGACGGUAACAUAUUUCCAAGAACGAUAGUUAAGCCGGGCGGGUAUAUUUUUGCUUGACUAUAAUUACAUUAUACUUUAUUAUUUAUUGUUUAGACGAAUCUUAUACAUAUUCUAGUAUGAUCCUUGAUUAUUCAUCCUACUACUUUAUCGCGGCGUAACGUAUUUAGUACGCAUUCCUUGAAGUAUAUAGCUAUAGCCUCAAAAUUUUUGACAAUACUCUGUGUGACAGAGUUUUGACGUUUGUUCUUUAUUUUUGUUGGCUGUGUUAGAAUAAGUUUUAUUUAUUAUUAAGUUUGACCUGUUGACUUUAAUUCAUAACCAUGACAUCAACUGCAACCGAAUCAUCAGAGUUUAAAUUACCUCUACCUCCAAAGGAAAAAUUUUCCAUCAUAAUUCCAGCUGAUCAUGAAUUUGUUGAGCCAAAGAAAGCAGUCAAAGGUCCAAAUGAUAUGAUAACAUGGCAAAAGUCAGAGGCUUACUUUGAAUAUUUUGGUUUUCUAAUGGCCAUCAAUGAUGCCGUUAAAGGAAAAGCCUUAGAUUCUGUGUAUCCAUGCUCAUCAGCUGUUGAUAAAGUUAUAGAAAUGUUGGAUAAGUUCGAUAAAUGGAUUGAUGAAAUCCCUCCGACAGAUCAACCUCAGCGUUUUGGUAACAAAUCUUUUCGAGAAUGGCAUGAAAGGCUACACAAUUCUGCUGUAGACGAACUUAAACAGAUAAUACCGGAAGAUCUUUAUCGAGCUAUACCAGAGGUUGUUCAGUAUUUACUAGAAGGCUUUGGAAAUGCAACACGUAUUGAUUAUGGAACUGGGCAUGAGAUGGCUUUUGUUAUGUUCUUGUGUGCGAUGUUCAAGAUAGGUGUUUUUGAGAUAACUGACAAAACAGCUGUCGGUGUGAAGCUGUUUGUUAGGUAUCUCGAAGUCGCACGUAAACUCCAGUUGACAUAUAGGAUGGAACCUGCUGGAAGUCACGGUGUAUGGAGUUUGGAUGAUUAUCAGUUUGUCCCUUUUAUUUGGGGUAGUGCUCAAUUAAUGGGUCAUCAUCGCAUUGAGCCUCAACACUUUGUAGACCAUGGAAUUGUUGACGCAAACAGCAAACAAUACAUGUUUCUUGGGUGCAUUGAAUUCAUUUCAAAGGUGAAAACUGGCCCAUUUGCUGAACACUCGAACCAGCUGUGGAAUGUCAGUGCAGUAGCAUCUUGGUCUAAAGUUAAUAGUGGUUUAAUUCGCAUGUAUAAAGCAGAGGUGUUAGCUAAGUUUCCUGUGAUACAACACGUGCUUUUUGGCUCUUUAUUUUCUAUGAAACCAGUGCCAGACAGUAUGAACUUCAAGAUACCCCGAGCUCCACCCAGCUUGACGCCGUCAGGACCUCAUUGAGAGGGAAUUUUAAUUUUAAAAGCUACCAAGUAACUUUUCUUUAUUAAUUACAAAUAUAUUUUAUAUUUAUAAUAAAAUAAUAAUUAAUUAAAAA